AUGGCAGACAAAUGGAAGCAGACGGCUCUCAUAGUAAUUGGCAUGCAGGUCCUUUCUUUCUUCAUCAUCUUUUCUUGGAUUUAUUUAGAUUUUUUCUUUGUUUGGAAAAUUGGGUAUUGUGUCUUUUUGCAGAAAGAUUAUAUUUUAGAGGAUAAAAUAAUGAGAGUGAAAGGAGGCAAAGCCAUAGUCCCUAAUGUCAUAAAGGCUGUUGAAAUCGCCAAGCAGCGUGGCAUUCUCGUCGUGUGGAUUGUUCGUGAACAUGACUAUUUUGGAAGAGAUGUUGAACUCUUUCGUCGGUACUUUUACUCUCCUGAGAAGGGUGGUCCAGCCACAAAGGGAAGUGUAGGUGCAGAAAUGGUGGAUGGCCUUAUGAUAAAAGAAGAAGAUUACAAGUUGGUGAAGACUCGUUUCAGUGCAUUCUUUAAUACCAAUCUCCAUGGAUUCCUUCAGAGUAAUGGGGUCAAUAAUCUAGUGGUUGUUGGUGUUCAAACUCCAAAUUGCAUUAGACACACUGUCUUUGAUGCAGUAGCAUAUGAUGACCAAUCUGUUGCUGUUAUUGUUGAUGCCACAGCUGCUGCUACGCCUGAGGUACAUGAUGCCAAUAUCUUUGGCAUGAAAAAUAUUGGAGUUGUGACACCAACACUGCAGGAGUGGUGCGAAACCCAUGCUUGAUCCAUCAAAUGAUUGAACUG